UAAAAGGCUUGUUGACACACAUUAACCUGACCAGGUGAAGCUGAACGAAUACAUAUAUAAAACGUAAAUAUUUCAUAUACUACAAUUUAUAUAACAAGAACACGCUUGAUGAACCAUUCUAAAGUAAUUAAAGUGUAGCAAUUGUUAUUGACUUCUUAUCAAUAUUGUACGUUUAAUUAAAAAUAUACCGCAAUUUAAUUGAAACCAAAUAUGGCAGAGAACGCGCAGACGAAAGAUUCAGAGAAACCCCGGAUGCCCUUAGCUACAAGGGUUUACAAAGGAAUCAACAUGUUUGAUAAUGAAAUAGAGAAAAUAGAAAAAAUGGAUAUACAGGACGAUGAUGUUUGGAUUUGCACUUACCCUAGAUCAGGUACAACGAUGACAUGUGAACUAGUAUACCUUAUUCAAACGUUGGAUUUCGCAACUGCAAAAAGUGUUCAAUUAGAAUUAAGGGUUCCUGUCUUAGAAACAAAAGAUGACAGAUUUCCUUAUUACAAAGGAUUACAGCAUCUGAAAGAUCUUCCUUUUCCGCGAAUGAUCAAGUCUCAUCUGCCUAGCUUUCUGCUACCGGAACAACUACAGAAUGGGAAAGGCAAGAUAAUAUAUAUCUAUCGAAAUCCAAAGGACGUUGCUACCUCUUACUUUCGACUGCUGCAAUGGUGGGAUCAAAUUGGAGAGGAUCCAAACUCUUUCAAUGAGUUUGUUGAUAACUUUGUCAACGGAAAAGUUCUCUUUAAUUCAUGGUCAAAACACGUUUUGGGAUAUUGGGAUAAAAGAUGCGACAGAAAUGUACUUCUACUGACGUACGAAGAAGUGGUUCGGGAUAUGCCCUCUGCCAUUAGAAAAAUUGCUGAAUUCCUAGGGCGGAGUCUUACUAAUGAAGAUGUAACUAAAAUUGCUGACCACUGUCAUGUUGAUAACAUGAGAAACAACAGAAUGGUUAAUCUGGCUUACUGGAGGGACAUCAGGCAUGUCAAUGACGAUGCAGAAGGACGAUUUAUAAACAAAGGUGUAGCAGGAGCGUGGCAUGAUGUAUUGACACCAGAGCAAAGUCAGAAAAUCGACAGACUAAUUCAGGAGCUAGAUGGAAGUGGUCUAAAUAUAGAACAAACAUAAAGCUUAUUAGACAUCACUUUCAUAUUCUUAUAAAACAACAUGUAUUUGGACAUUGAGGACAAAUAUUCACACUAAUCGUCUUUAAUAUUUUAGAUAAAUAAUACUGAAGCAAAACCAAGUGAUUUUAGGUAGCUCAGCAGACUGAAAAUGAAAUGACAGUGAUUAUUAUAUGCCACGAGUUAGACUAAUAUAUUAUAUUUCAUCUAGCGAAUAACACGUAUUUACAUAUAUUCUACCUUCCUGUUAACACCUUGCACAUGAAGAAAUAUUACGAGAAAAAAAGACACUUAUUCACGACAUUAACUAAUUUUUUAAUAUAAAAUGAUCAACGGAAUUCGGUCAGGCGAACAGGGUAUUCAGUCCAGAUGACAUGCAAACUGGUGUCUGAAACAGACUCUGACAUUGGAAUUCUUUGUUCAACCACUUAAUUUUUAUUCAAAGAAAAAAGAAAUACUAUUUCAGAUAUAAUAAAAUUACAGUCUAGUGUAAAAAUAUGUGGAAUACGCCGUAAAAUUCAAUUGUUUUGAAAAGUGACCAAAUGUAAUGCAAUUUAAGUGCAUUUUGAAAAUAUUGUUAUAAUUUAACAGCCCGUAUUCGAGCUUACAUGUACAUACGCCACUGUAUUUUGCUCGGUAUUUAACUUUUGACCGUUGAUGCUCUGUGUUAUUCAACUAGUUUUGUGUAUUUCAAGAUCGUCACUGAAAUAUUUCUAUUUCCGACCAUACACAUUUUUAUCUGGUUUAAUGUUUACACGCAUGAUAAAACUGUAGUCAGUGGCCGCAGCGGGCAUUGCUUUUAUUUUUAUACAUUUACAUUACUGUUUACUUCUUGAUAUUUAUAAUAAAUAUAUAUUGUAAAAUA